AUGGAAAAAGAUCUCGACCACGACGCUUAUUCGGAAGCGCCCAGUAUUGAAUCCGGUGUGACCAUCACCGACAACGUUGACGGCCUCCAGCGCCAUCUCAACAACCGGCAAAUCCAGCUGAUCGCCAUCGGCGGCUCCAUCGGCACAGCCAUUUUUAUUUCCAUCGGCAAUGGGCUCGCUGCAGGUGGGCCCCUGAGCCUUCUGCUGGCGUACACCAUCUACAGCUGCGUGAUGGCCUGCAUCACCAACUCGGUGGCCGAGAUGGUGGUGCUGUAUCCCGUAUCUGGAGGUUUUAUUCGUCUCGCCUCCCACUUUACCGACGAGGCGCUCGGGUUCAUGGUGGGAUGGAAUUUCUUCAUCUACGAGGCUCUUCUGAUCCCCUUUGAGAUCACAGCUAUCAACCUGGUGCUGAGCUAUUGGCGGGACGACAUACCGGUCGCGGCCGUGUGCGCGGCCGUCAUUGCGGCAUACGCGUCCACCAACGUCCUUGCGGUCCGCGGGUAUGGUGAGGCGGAAUUCUGGCUCUCGUCCGGCAAGGUUAUCCUCAUCUUCAUCUUGUUUCUCUUCACUUUUGUGACGAUGGUGGGUGGAAACCCUCAAAAAGACGCCUACGGGUUUCGGCACUGGGCCAAUCCGUUCGCUGAGAACUCUCUACGAUCUUCCAGAGGCGACUUGUCGAGAUUCGAAGGCUUCUUAGCAUGCUUGUGGAAUGCAGCAUUCACAGUGGUCGGCCCGGAAUACAUCGCCAUGGUAGCUGCCGAGACCAAGCGACCACGAGCGUACAUCAAGACAGCAUACAAGGUCAUGUAUUGGAGGUUCGUCUUGUUCUUCGUGGUGUCAGCGUUUUGCGUGGGUACGGUGGUUGCAUGGAACGACCCCAAGCUCCAGUCUAUCCUCCACGGAGGCGGACAUGGCGCUGGCACCGCGGCCGCGUCGCCCUAUGUGAUUGCCAUGAGCAACCUCGGCAUCGAAGCUCUCCCACACGUGGUUAACGCGCUCAUCAUAACAUCCAUCUUCUCCGCCGGCAACACUUACACCUACUGCGCGAGCCGAACGCUGUACAGCCUCGCGCUGAGCGGCCAUGCACCAAAAGUCUUCACCAAGACCACACGCAAAGGGGUGCCGAUUCUCGCGCUGGCGGUGACGAUGCUCUUCCCCUUCCUCUCCUUCCUGCAGCUGUCAGGCAACUCAUCGACCGUGCUCGUCUGGCUAAUCGACGUCAUCACGGCGGGCGCUCUUAUCGACUUCACCGUCAUCUGCACCACGUACCUGAUGUUCUACCGCGCGUGUCGGGCACAAUACUUCGACCGCCGCUGGUUGCCCUAUACGGCAUGGUUUCAACCCUACUGUGCAUGGAUCGGGGCCAUCGCCACUGUGUUCGUCUGCUUGUGCUACGGAUACACAUCUUUCGUGCCCUGGAGCAUGCAGUCAUUUUUCCGGAACUACACGUUGCAGAUUUUCAACAUCGUGCUUUUCCUUGGUUGGAAGCUGGCCAAGAAGACUCGCUGGCAGAAGGCCAAGGACAUUGACCUCGUGUGGGAACGACCAGUCAUUGACGCUUAUGAGGCGAGCUUCACCGAUGCCCCGAAUGGAUUCUGGACCGAGGUGCUGCAGCUGUUUGGCAUGCGGCGAGGGCGAAAAGAUAGCGGCCAAGACAUUCGUCCUUAG